AAAGUUUCUCCUGUUCCGCCCGUGUUGGUGCCUCAAGGUCAAUUAAAGCGCACGAGCUUGUAAGAUAGCGUUGUUCUUCGGGCUGAAGUCACACACAUGUACUCCCAUCAGUAAAAGUUGGAUGAUGUUCGCGUACUCUCGGAUUAAUGUCGUAAGGUCUAUCCCGUUAAUAAGAAGCUAUGUUGGUUCGUGCUACUUAAGACUUUUUACGACUAAAUCAGAUGCAAAUGAAUCAUCAGAAAACUGCGUUGUUUCUGAUUUUCCACUGCUUAGUGAAGCUGUGAAUGCAAAAGACUUUGAAUUAGUAUCGAAAAUAGUUGUGGAACAGGAUCCCUUUGAGGUUAAACGCAUACGGAUCCCUAUAGAAAAUUCAAAGUCCUCUCCUAAUCUUAUUCCUUCACAGUCACACAGGCGAAUGGUUGGAUGCAUCUGUGAACCGGAAGCGGACUCUAUCAAUUGGCUAGAAUUAGAAAAAGGCGAUCCAGUUCAGUGUUAUUGUGGCCACUGGUUUAAAUUAGUCAAUUAUGAAGACUACUUUAAUAUGACUAAUCAAUAAAACUGUUCAUAAAUACGUUCUAAUCUAUUAGUUUAAUUUGCUACCAUAUUCAGUAUAAUAUUCAUUGCCAUCUUUGAAUAAUUGAAAACUGUGUCUUACUAUUCAGUGUAAUGAUAAAUGCCAAAACUGAACUGCGUAAAAAUGAUUCUAAUUUAAGUAGUAUGUACUCCAA